UGAUUGGCUGUAUGAAGUCACGUCAUUUGGACCCGCCCACUGUUUGAGGAAGCAGCUCGCCAUGCUGCCGCUCGCUGUUGUGUAGCGUUGAGAGAGCUAUAUAAAACUGUAAAGCUCUAGAAAGUCACACAGCGUUCAAUGACUCUUUCUCAAGACUUCUUUUGUGACUAAACGCAGAACGCUAAAGCGGUUUCUCACUGGGAGUUAAACCUCACUGGGAGGCGAGAUCUUCCUACAAACCCCACAAUGAGUAGCAAUUCACCCAAAAUGUUCAUGACACUAGUUUGAUGAUGAUGAUGAUGAUGAUAAUGGUGAUACUGAGUCCCUUGCAGGAUGUUGAUUUCCCAUCGCCUCUCUGCUUUUCCAGUGACGCUUUCUGAACCUGCAUGCCUGCAGUGACGGAGAUCAGCCAUGAGUGAGCUGGAGAUCCCCCUCUCCAUGAGCCAGGACACCUUCGAGCAGUUGUGGAAUGAUGCGGGCUCUAACAUGGGUUUGAAUCACCUGCUUGCAGAGCUGCCAAGAGCAGACAGUGAUGCCUGGCUCACUGCUGCCUUGCCCAAUGGCACCUUCAAUGAGAACUUUGAUGACCUGGAGCUCUCAGAGGCCCCUGAGAGUGCUGGUAUAGCUGCUCUAAUGUCUCCAGGCCUGGACAGUCUGCCCCCUCCAGCUGCUGUCGUACCUUCCACCAGCGACUAUCCUGGAGAAUAUGGCUUCCAGCUCCGCUUCAACCAGUCCAGCACAACCAAGUCUGUUACCUCUACGUAUUCCACAUCUUUGAAUAAACUGUACUGCCAGCUGGCUAAGACGUGCCCGGUUGAUGUCUUGCUGAAGAAAGUUCCUCCUCAGGGAGCAGUGCUCAGGGCCACUCCCAUUUAUAAGAAACCUGAGCAUGUGUCCGAGGUGGUGCUGCGCUGCCCUCAUCACCAAAAUAUCGCUGAGAAUAAUGAAGGCGUGGCUCAUCGCAGCCAUCUUAUCCGUAUGGAGGGGAUUCAGAGGGCUCAGUAUCUAGAGGACCCCAAUACCAAGAGACAGAGUGUUACCGUUCCCUAUGAGACUCCUCAGCUGGGUUCAGAGGGCACCACGGUCUUGCUGAACUUCAUGUGCAACAGCAGCUGUAUGGGAGGCAUGAACCGCAGGCCCAUUCUUACCAUAAUGACUCUUGAAACACAUGAUGGGCAGGUUUUAGGUCGUCGUUGUUUCGAGGUCCGUGUGUGCGCCUGCCCUGGCCGUGACCGCAAGACUGAAGAGGAAAAUUCGAACAAAAAAACCUUGAAGACAGCCUCAGGAAUUAAGAGAAAGUCUCCAGGCAUGGAAUCUCAGGUCACUCCUAAUGCUGAAUCAAGCAAAAAGAUCAAGAUUGACUCCAGUUCUGAGGAGGAAAUCUUUAUUUUGCAAAUUCGUGGGAGAGACAGAUUCAACAUGCUAAAAACAAUUAAUGACAGUUUGGAGCUAAUGGACCUGAUGCCUGCUGCAGAUAAGGACAAAUACAGACAGAAACGCACUUUGAGGAACUUCAUAAAGCCAAGUCCUGGGAAAAGGCUGCUUCAGAAAGAUGAGAAGACAGACACUGACUGAAUAUGAGCCCUUUCUCUUAUUGUUCUGUUUCGUAUGAGCCUUUCUUAGCUUUUUCUGUUCAGCGUAUCCACUGCCUUAUUGAAACUUAGAGAUGGGUGACAAAUUAAAGGAAUAAACAGCCUUCUUGAGCAGCUUCAGUGCAUGUUGGUGUAGAUUCUACAAGUCCCUGAGACUGUACUGGAGCAAUGGAACACCAUUUUCCCAAAAGAAUUUGCUGUUUUUAGGAUUGUGGUGUUGAUUUGCCUUGAAGGACACAUGGACCUAGUGCUGCCAAAAUGUCUUCAGGCCAUAACAAAGCUGCAGAUUUUCCCUUUAAUUUGUCCCCCGUCUGUUAAUGCACAGGAAGCUUUUCUAGAUUUCAUGUCAGUGCUCCAUUUUUGCCUUAUUUUAAUACAUUUUGAUGAAACUCCUUUGCGAUGGGUUAAAUGGAUUAAAAUUGCAGUAAUGGAGAAGCUUUUAUCACUGGUGCUUCGCUAUAGGUGAUCAUGUGCUAAUUGUUGUCAGCUCUCUCAGGUCAGUUUUUGUAAUGGGCAGAUGUUAAAGAGUAUUUUUCCAUGUCCUUCUAUUUUUUAUUUACUCUAGUCAUUCCAGAUAUUUUUUUUACAUGACAAGCCAUUUUUUUUUGUAAUUCUGAUGUUUACGAAGUAGGGCUUUGUUGCUGUAGGCACACUUCCUUGUUUAUUGUUAACAAAUGCAAGUUAAGCCACGUUUAUGUCCACAUAUACAAAUCUUCACAGCUGUUCAUGUUUAACCGUUUUUUGAUAUUUUUGCUAUAUGAAAAUUGAAUAUCAUAAAAACAAAUAAACAGAUAAAAAGAA